UAGCGGAGUGACUAAGGAAUGCAUUAAAGUUGAACAAAAUGUCUAACCGAGGGGCCCAGCGUCUCCCCGCAGCCUCCAUGGAGAGAGGAAGAGUCCGCAGGAGGAUACAUGUUUUCGACCGCCGAUCAAAGAGGAAGGAGCAGGCUAUACUUGAUGCCAGUGGUCUGGAUUACAAUGACUUCCUUCAGCUUGUGCGAGAGAAAUUUGGAAUCCGUCCACAUGAAACAUUUGUGCUGGCCACGACGGACAGAACAGUCCUGGAUUUUGACAAAUUUGAGGAGUUUCAGGAUGGCAGCACCCUCCUCUUGUUGGAACACGAGGACCAGGCUCUGGUAGCGGCUACAGAGGAGCGCAUCAAAUUUGAACCUCAUUAUGAUACAUUGACUGGGAGUGGCACGUAUGAGUACUAUGCUAGUCAGGGCCAGAAUCCAUUGUCGUACGCACUUGCUGAGCUGAUUGACAACUCUCUUUCGGCCACAGCUAAAAACACAGGAGUGAGGACGAUAGAGAUACGGAUGAUGUUUGAUGAAAGUCUCGGGAAACAUGCAGUGAUAGUACUAGAUAACGGAUGCGGGAUGACCUCGAAACAGCUCAACAACUGGGCAGUGUACAGACUCUCUAAAUUUUCAAGGAAAAAUGGGUCACUUGGAAGUAAUCAGGAGGAUUAUGUUCGGCCUGAUCCUGUCCCUCGUAGUCUCAACAGUGAUAUAUCCUACUUUGGUGUUGGAGGAAAACAGGCCACUUUCUAUAUCGGAACCUCAACCAGGAUGAUCACUAAACCAGCAGGCUCCCCAGAUGUCCAUGAGCUGGUUCUGUCAAAGGCGGACUUUGAGAGAAAAGAGAAGAACAAAGAGGAGAUUUACAGUGAGACCAUAAGGCAUAGGAAGCCUGGGGACUCUUCACAUGUGAAUAAACCUGAUGAGCGCUUUCUUCAUCCCCUUAUCACUGAGGAACUUGAGAAGGAAAGCUUCACAGCUGUGGUCAUUACGGAAAUCUUGCCUGACCAUAUCAGAUUUCUGAAGCAGAAUUUUGACGUGUGGACGAGACAGCUUGCCAACGUGUAUCACUAUUACAUUCAUGGAGUCAAUGGAAGGGACAUGAGGAGCAGCUCUACAAACUCAGAUCAUCUCUCUAAAAUUGACAUUCAGAUCACUUUGCGCGAGAAGCCUCCCAGAAUUCCCCGUGUGAUGAAUAUUAGGGAAGUUGACAACGACAUGCAGACUCUCUACAUAAAUUCUGCUGCAGACAGUUUUGAGUUUAAGGCCGAACAAGACGGUGGCACUGUCGACGGAGUCAUUCGGUAUCAUCCUUUCCUCUAUGACAAGGAAACAUAUCCUGAAGUCCCUGAUGCCAUGCAAGCCACUCCUGAUGAUGAUGAUGAUACCGAUAAUGAGUCUGGAGUCCUGCAUCAGGCAAGAGGGAAAAGGCCGAUAUUUAACUGUUACUGGAACGGACGGCUCAUACCUUACACAACAGUGGAUGAGUUUGAUUGGUGCGCACCCAAUAAAGACUCAAAGGAGAUUGCAGAGUGUUACAGUCGGAUUUCAGGGGUGCUUUUCACUGAUGACAGAUUCAAGGUCAGCACGAAUAAGCUCACCUUCAUGGAGCUGGAGCAGAGACUAAGGAGCAAGGACGCUAUCUUCACACGCCUUGUUAACGGACAGAGACAAAGAGGUAACAUGCUGAAGGAGUUUACACAGUGGCUAAAAAACUGUCACGAGAAGUGGGACAAGCAAAUUCAGUUCCUCGGCUUUCAGGGGACCAUAACACGAACAGAUGUGCCUGUUAAGAAAAUGCAGGAGCCCUGGGCGACUUUCUCCUCCAUUGAAUGGGAUGGCAAAAUUUACAAAAAAGGCCAACUCGUGAAGUCUCGGAAAACGCAGCCCAUUCUGUAUGGUAGUGUGGUUCGUUUUCUGCUGUAUGGAAAACACGACGGAAACGUCUUUGCCACAGGGGGACAGGUUGAAUUGGUUCUGGAACCCAAAGCAUUUCAUGACAAAAACAAGACAAUACCCAUUUCCAAGAUUGACAAGACCGCCACUGAUAAAGCCAUCAAGACAUACAUCGACAAUGACUCUGCCAGGCUUCCAGAUAUUCUGACAGUGGACUGGCCAUCUAAGAACCCCUGGCCACAGAAUGCUGUACGUCCAGCCGGGAGUGUCAUAGGUGAACUGCAAAUUCAAAUUCUGAACAAGAAGGGAGAUUCUUUAUCCAAGAUGCCAUCAGUGGGUCAGGGGACAGGGAAAAGACUGAGUAUUGAGCGCAGAAUCAUCCAUCACAGUCCCAAAGGAGCUCAAGAGAUUUCCCUUUGUGUUGCCCAGCAUUCAGCCCAGUGGGGUUUCUGGUUCAAAGAAAGUGAGAAACUGACCAUCCUGGGAAAGUAUACUCUGUUGCUGGUCACUAUAUUAAAGGAAAGUAAUGCUACCUCCUUCGGAGGCAGAGAGCUUCCAAGCUUCAAACUCAACUUCACCAUCACUGAGGGCAGUGCUGAGAAAUUCCUAAUCGGUGCAGUGAACUCCACUCUUCAUGUGGGAGUGCCAUUCAACAUUCCUCUGCUGAUAAAAGACGGUUAUGACCACUCAGCGACCCCUCCUCCUGAUCUCAAACCUGUACUCAAAUGCAGUGGCCUGGACCUGAGUUACGAGACAGCGGACAGCAAUGGCACCACGUUCACCAUCAGAGGUGUCAAAGCAUUAGGAAGAGUCCUGAAUUACCAGCAGUCGAAGACAUAUGACCUGAAAGUAACCCUGCCUGGCCUGAAGAAAGACACACAGACUAUCAAGAUCAGUCUUCUUCCUGGUAAUCCACAUUCCCUCCAUGUGAAGCCAGAAGAGAACCCAAUCAGGGUACAGAAUGGAGACCCUGUUACGUUUAAUGUUGAAAUUCAUGAUGUGGCUGGAAACAUCACUGCUCACCCCAAACAGAACGUUCGCUGCCAGAUUGAAGGGUUUCCAGCAGUGACAACUGACUGUAGCACCACAGGAGCUGGACAGCUUGUGACAAAGCCCAUAAACCUGAAAAUAAUCAAGGGAGAACCACAAUACCUCAAAGCUCAUUUUGACAUGCCUAGUCAGAAGAAGAUUGCAUUGGUCAUGAGGGAGCUGGAGGUGGUGCCCGGCACAAGAGUUGCCAGGAUGGAGCUCUGCAGUGAGGAUGAUGAGAACUUGGUGCUUAGAAACGAUGAAAAGAUAGAAUGGCUGGCCGGAGCCUUGCUGGAGAACCUGUUCUAUAAACUGUAUGAUGAGGCGGAUAGAGAGGUCCCUCACACUGCUGAAAUAGCCUCCAGGAUCAAGGUUAACUGGACAGGAGAUGUAAAUAUGGAAGAUUUGGUCCAGGGGAAGCUGCCCGAUGUGCAGGUGCCCACGCAGGUGGGGGCAGAGCGCUUCUACCAGGUGUCCUACCAAGACCACAGUGUCUCUGUCUCCUUCAGCAUUGCGCCUCGUCCAGAUGAACCAACACAGCUGAAAGCAACUCUUCUCCAAACCACAGUGAAACUGGGUGAAAUCCUACCUGGAAACAUCGACUUGGAGCUUGUGGACCAAUAUGGUAAUCCAACCAAGACGCUCACAUCCACCUGUAAGAACCACAUGACUGUGGAAGCGGAGGAUCUGGACAAAUCGUCCAUCGUCUUUACAUGGCAGGAGAGCAGCAAGUCUGUCCUGGUAACGGGGGUGCGUUUCCAGUCUGGAGCUCCUGGCAGCAAAGUGAUGUGCUUCACCUACAGGAGCUUUGUGGAGCGCGUCAUGGUCAAAGUGACUGCUGGCGUCCCUGCACAGCUUAAACUAGUCAGUGGGCCAAAGCAGCCUUUGCAGGUGUUGAAUGACCAAGGCAUCGGCACACCAUUUAUCGUCCAACUGUGUGACGAGUGGGGAAACCCCUGCAUAGACCAGAGGGUUGUGGUACAUUUGAAGUCCUCACCUCCAACACUGAAGGUGACGGCAGAUGUUACCUCACGACCUGUGAACAAAGAAGGCAAAGCCUCUUUCACUGUUAACAGUAUGAGUGGACCAAAGGGGUACUAUCAGCUGGUGUUUAGAGGCUCACUCAACCAGAAACCCAUCCCAGGUCCAUCAGUGAAUCUCACUAUCAUCCCUGAUCCCACCAAACCUGUCAGCCUGUCAGUGGAGUAUAACACCAAUGCCAAGUUUCCUGCUGGAGGUGUCUUUCCAGUCUUCUCUGUCAUCGUGGUGUCUGAUGAAGGAAGCCCGAUUACGACAUUAAACCCUGCUGCUGCCUCCAUGUUGCUGUGGAAGGGAGCGCAAGCAGAAAACACGCCUCCACAAACGGCCACUGAGAUGAAGUGUAGCAAACCCAAGGAGAACGAGUCGAAAGACCGUUUUUACUUCAGAGACAAAGAGAUCCCAGAGCAGGUUGGAAAGCACAUCAUCCAGUUUUCUCUACGAAUAGACAAAACAAAAGUCCUACUCAGUAAACAGAUUCCUAUAAAUGUGGUGGCCAAUCAACCUGUCAAACUGGGUCCUGACUCUCAGCCACAAGCCCCAGUUGUUUCCCACAGUAAGGUCCUUGCCCACAGAACCUUGGUGGACAAUCUGACUCUGAGGAUAAUGGAUUCAUAUGGAAACCCAGCGGGGCAGGACCUGGAGGGGAAUGUGGUCAUUUCUAUAAAAAACUCAAAUGGAGACGGCAACAAAAGCCUCCCUUUGUUCGAAGGCAAAAACACAAGCUUGAAAAUCAGCCUGGUAGAAGGAAAGGCCCACAUCCCCAGGCUGGCUAUCAUGGAGAACAGCCCUGGUGAGGAUGGAAGUACAUACAUCCUCCUCUUCAACUCUGAAGUGUCAAUGCUUCCUACGGCCCUGGCUCCUUUUGAGCUCCCCUUCCAUUUCUACAAUGAUGUAGAGAACCAACGUAAAGUGUCUGAGCUGUCCAGGAAGAAAGAAGAGCUCAGUACUACUGUUGCUAUGUAUAAAGAAACCUUUUCUACAUAUGGUGAACUCCUUCAAAUGCUGACAAAUCAUCAGCUGGGUGCAAAUAGAAAAGAGGCUGAGCUUAGACAAGAGCUGUCCAGGAGGAAUAUGCCAACUGCCCAAACUAUCGCGGGUAUUGACAAACUUUUAAAUGAGAAGAAAACUGAAAUCGACAGGAUUCUGAGAAUGCCCAGAAGAGUUUGCUCCAUCAGUGAUCCCUUCAAGGGGCAGCAGGAUGUUUUGGGAAAGGUUGGCCAGCUGGCCUUCGUGCAGGACGACGAUGCUGCGAGGGUUAUCUCCUGGCAUAUCAGGGGUGACAUGGACUGCGUCAUCACCAGAACGAGCGCAGCAGCAGAGAGGAUCUUUAAGGACACCGUAGGCAGGCAGCAGGUCAUGCCCCUCGACACUGUUUAUGUGCCACCAGGCGAAAGACCACUGCCGCACAUUAGAGGUGGCAGCAUGCUCUUUCAUCCCCCUGGGAACCCGGUCCUCGCCAGAGACCUCCUGAUUUACCCUGAGGACCAGGAGAGCUGUCGCACGGCUUUUAAAAUCAUCCUCGCAGACACUAUUCUGAUUGAUGACCUCAGCUCUGCAAAUAACUACAGAAAAGCGGUGGCGCAGAAUAAGAUGCACUGUCCCACCAUCCUGACCAGGCAGGGGGACAGGGUCAGCUCCAAGGGAAAGUUCGGAGGCACACAGAACAGAGCCCCACGGAUGAACACACCAGACAUGUUUGGAGCCCCCCUCCCGCCAAAUUACUACACUGUUCGUGAACAUAUAGACCUGCUCAACCAGCAUCGGGCAGCUCUGGAGAAGAAGGAUAAGGCAACAAAGGAUCGUGAUGAUCACUACAGCCAAAUGAAGUCUCCUGAGAUGAUGAGAAAGCAACAGGAGAUGGAGGAGAAGAAGAAACAGCUGGAGGAGAUAGAAAGGCAACUGGUGUCCUCCCCAGUAAGACCAGUGAAACGGGGUCUCGUGGGUGUUGGUGAGCCGUCCGGCAUCACCCCAAAGAGAGCAAAGCAGUGAUCCUCAUGAGUCCAGCAUGAUAGUUUGAGCUCAAACACAUCUGACAAUUUUAUUAUUAUUAUUAUUAUUAUUAUUUUAUUUACGGGUUAUUUGAGCUGUUAUUGAUUUGUAUUUGUACAGAUUUAUUUUGUAUCUUUUAACAGUUUUGUAAUCAGCAAAACUGAUGGCAAAAUGAUGCAUGGUGCAUGGUAUAAAGAUCUACUAAAUAUGUUAUAUACUAAGAUA